UGGUCUUUCUUAGUUGUCGGUGCUGCCGGCGGGGCGGAUACCAAUUAAUUUCUAGAAACGCAACGUAAAUAUACACAAAGCAUUUUUAACCCUGAAAGCAAUCAUUUUUUUCCCUUGAGGAUUUAUACACACUGAAAGAUGCCCUCAGCGACUAUUGGCAGCAGCAUGGUUCAGACGGCCGGUCCAGAGGUGGGGUCUGUUCCCAGCUCGCUUACCAUGUCAGCCCAGUUCCAGUCAGGUGCCCAGUCCGAGACAAUCAAGCAGGUGCUGGGUGUCAUUGAAAAGAAAGUCCGAAACCUGGAAAAAAAGAAGGGGAAGCUUGAUGACUACCAGGCAAAGGUGAACGGUGGAGAAUGCCUCAAUCAAGACCAGUUGGAGGCAGUAUCCAAGUUCCAGGAAGUAGUGAAUAAUUUGGACUUUGCUCGGGAACUACAGAAGAGCUUCCUGGCUUUAAGCCAAGACAUCCAGAAGGCUGUGAAGAAGGCAGCACGUCGAGAGCAGCUGCAGCGGGAGGAGGCAGAGCAGCGGCGUCUCAAGGCUGUGCUGGAGCUGCAGUUCAUCCUGGACAAGCUGGGUGAGGAGACCGUGCGCAACGAACUCAAGCAGGGUCUGAAUGGUACCCCCCUACUGACAGACGAUGACCUAACAGUCCUCGACGAGUUCUACAAACUGGUGGGGCCUGAGCGUGACCAGAACCUUAGGUUGAGUGAGCAGUACAACCAGGCAACCCUGCACUACUGGGACCUGCUGGAGGCAAAGGACAAGGCUGUUGCAGGAUCAACAUACAAGGCAGUGAAGGAGACUCUUGAUAAGGUUCUCCAGAGUGGCUACUUUGACAGCACCCACACGCACCAGAAUGGAGAGUGUGAUGAGGAAGAGCAGCAGCUGGCAGUUGUGGAGGCCCCUGAGGCCGAGGAGCAGCCAGCAGAGCCAGAAAGUGAAGUUACUGAAGAAUACACCGAACCCAGUGAAGUGGAACGAACAGAAUUUGUGAACAGACAGUUCAUGUCAGAUGCUCCUUACAGCAGCAGUGAGAAAGAACAAGGAGAUGAGUGGAGCACAGAUUCUGAGGUUGUUAGUGCUGUUCGGCAGCAGUCCCCUGUGCAGUCGGCCCCUCCUCCUGUCGCUGCUGCAGAGCCCCACACACUGAACCCAGUGGCCCCCACAGCCCCGGCAGACCCAGUUGUCAGAAAACUGAGGGUACAGGACCUCAUGGCACAGAUGCAGGGCCCCUACAACUUCAUGCAGGAUUCCAUGCUGGAGUAUGAGAGUCAGGCCAUGGACCCAGCAAUUGUUUCUGCACAGCCCAUGAAGACCAUACAGAGCAUGGAUAUGCCACAUAUGGUCUGCCCUCCAGUUCAUGCUGAAUCCAGACUGGCACAACCUAACACCGUACCUGUACAGCCAGAAGUCACACAGGUCCCUAUGGUCUCCCCAGUGCCUGAAGCUUUCACUACAUCUCAACCCUUGUACCAGACUUCCCAUACGACAGACCCCCACUCACAGACAGAAGCCAUGGACCCCAUUCAGGCUUCAAUGUCCUUGGCCUCUGAGCAGCCCCCAACUUCUUCAGCACUUCCUGCUGUGUCCCAGCCCCAGGUGUUCCAGGCUGUGUCCAGCAAACCCCUCCACAGCAGCGGGAUAAACGUCAACGCCGCUCCUUUCCAGUCCAUGCAGACGGUGUUUAAUAUGAACGCCCCUGUUCCUCCUGCCAUUGAGACAGAAGCACUGAAACAACCAGGUCAAUACCCAAGCAGCUACAGUCAGGGCUUCAGCAGCCAGACUCCACACCAGGUGGAGCAGCCAGAGUUACAGCAGGAGCAGCUGCAAUCCGUUGUCAGCAGCUUCCAUACACAAGACCAAACCAUCCCAGCCACAGGUGGCCAUCAGCAGCUAUCCCAACAGCCUCAGCAGGGUAGUGGCUUCCCACGUCCCGGUCAGUCCUUCUACAACAGCCGGGCCAUGUCCCGGGGGGGACCCCGCAACUCUCGUGGCAUGCUCAACGGCUACCGGGGCCCUUCAAAUGGCUUCAGAGGUGGAUAUGACAACUACCGCCCUCCUUUCCCCAACACUCCGAACAGUGGCUAUGGACAAUCCCAGUUUAACUCGCCUCGUGACUACUCCAACAGCAGCUACCAACGAGAUGGAUACCAACAGAACUACAAGCGGGGAGCUGGCCAGGGUCCUCGAGGUUGCUCUCGAGGUCGUGGAGGUUCAUUCAGACCCACCCGAGGAAUUCCACACAUGACAGCUCAGCAGGCAAAUUAACCAUCCACUGUCAAUACCUGAAAUAUCCUCCCAACUUCACUCUAUCCCUGUAUUUUGCAGCCAGUCAUGAAAAACAAACUUAAGCAGUCAUUUACAUACUGUAUCUGAGAUGUCAACAAUCCAUCCUGCCUGCGUAUCAGAAGCCUUAAUCUCUUUGUCCUGCUAACACCUGCAUGUACACGAAGCAGCUUCACUUGCCCAAAUGCUCUGUGUUUGAUGCAAAUAUGCCAGAUGCAUUCUGCAAUCUUUUUUAGGUACCCAGGAGCUGUGAUGUUGCCUAGUGAAGAUGUCCGGUUUAAACCACACAAACCAAUGUAUUCAGAAAUGCUUUUUGAGCCUGAAAGCCAAACAUUUAAAUUAAUAAAACCACAGUUCAACUAUACUGUAAAAAAAUAAUAAUAAUAAUAAUAAUAAUAAUUACAAAGGAAGUACUGAGGUAUAUAAACCAUAGUUUCAUGUUAAUAAAAUAAUCUCUUUCAUAUGUUUGCAGGGAGAUAUUGGGAACCUCGUCCCGAAAUCUCCCUGCAAGCAUAUGAAAAAGAUGAUUUUAUUGACAUGAAACUAUAGUUUAUAUACCUCAGUACCUCUUUCUUAUUUUUUUUUUUUAUUUUUUUUAGUAUUGUAACUCCUUACUCACAUACCUGGUGCUGAAAAAGUUCUACUCCAUGCUGUUAUACAAGUCAAAUAUAAUGUAAAACUAUAAGAAAAGUCAAGUAGACCCAUGCUUCAGCUGGUGCCUUCUUCAGCGUACACAUUGAGAAAUGGCAUCUAGACACUGAGGAAGGUACUAACCAAAAAUUUGCUAUACUUAGUUUCUUUCAGUUUUACCUAAGAAUUUUGAUUGAGCAUUUUAAAGUUGUGGAUAAAGAUACAACAUACCAACGCUUGUGCAGGAAAUAAAAAAGCUUAUCUCCUUUGAGGGGGAACACUGAUUAAAUAAUUAAUGCUUGCAUCCCCACUCCUUAUCAACCGGUGAUCUUGCCCACACGCACAUGCCAUGUUAAAUUGUCUUAGCCUCCAUGUAGAACCUCACUUCUGGCUUGUUCAGAAAGAGUCUCCCACUCACUCCAUCCUUACAGGCUUCUCUGGUGCUGCUUAUGCCACCCUGCUCCCAGAGAAUAGCAGCAACGGUCUAAACUGCCCACAACUUCCAUCACAGUCUUUACAGAAUGUAGUACUGUAUAUGAAGUCUAUAAUGUAAAUAUACUGCUUGUAUAUUUAUUGUAUACAGUACCAUUUUGGACUAACGAUAGUUGUAGGUCUGUGAUGUUGAAAAAGAAAUAAAAAUGUUUUUGUAGAAA